AUGAAGACGCACAUGACGCUUCUGGUUCUCUUGGCGGUAGCUGUCGUUGUGUUGGCCUGCCUCGAAUCUGCCGAAGCAGCCAGGAGAAAGGAAGAUGUAGUGUUCGACGCGCGCGGCAAUCCAACCAAGGUGUCGAGGGAGGGCAAGGCCAAGAGGCGACUCUCCAUCACCGACGUCAAUGAACACAACCUCGAUCUCAUCCUCCGCCGAAACCAGGUGGUGCUGCUUGGAUUCUCCACGCCGGGCGACAAGGAGCUCACCUCCAUGCUCACCGACUUCAUCUCGCAAGUGCCCAUGGCCGAGCACGGCCUGACGGUGGGCCGCAGUACCAGCCCACAGCUGAAGAAGAUGUUCAAGGUCAAGAAGACCCCCGCUCUCUUCAUCAUUACCGACGGCGGCGACAGUGUGGUGCCCUACGAAGUCGAUGAAUUCAACGCCGGUGACAUCAUAUUGCGUUACACAGAGGCCCUGGCGACCCAUAUCAGCACCAACCGAGCCAAGUACCCCAUGGCCGAGGUGGGGAUCAUGACCAGCCUCCACCAAACCCACAAUAGCACCCUGCUCUACGCCCUGAUCAAUAUGACCCUCGACGAGGAGCAUACGUGGGAGAACUACUUCCUGCGCCGGUGGGACGCCAUUGCCGACGCCCGGGGGCGCAACAAGUCCUUCAGCUAUGCCGUGGGCCACGUUGGCCACUUCCCCGAGCUGCACGUCAAGUUCCACAACCCCACCACCCUGCAGAUCCCCCUGCCCUUAGUUGUCCUCCAAGACCUGGCCACCUCGUACAAGUUCGACGGUGAGCUCAGCCUGGCGGCGCUCAAGGAGUGGCUGAGCAAGUGGGAGGACGGCCGGCUCAAGCCCUACCGCCGCACCGGAGGUGCCGUGGAGAACAAGCCGGGAACGCUGUACACCCUCAACACAGACAACUUCAAGCAGGUGACGCAGGAGUGGUCCAAGGACGUGAUCGUCCUCUUCUACGGUCCCUCGUGCCCCUACUCCAAGUACGUGGUGGUCAUGGUCAGGGAGUUCCUGGACGUGGAGAUGCCCAAGCUGCUGGACAUGGUGAGCCACGUCUCUUCCCUGAUCGUCGCCAAGAUCGACUGUUCCGAAAACGAGUGUCCGAUGGGCGUGGUGUCGGGCUACCCGACCAUAGCCCUCUACAAGGGAUGCCGCAGCUCCGAAAAGAAGCCCGCCUCGCCCCUCGGCUACUGGCUGACCCGCGAGGCCGACGACCUCUACAGGUGGUUGAAGGAGCACUCCUACUACUCGAUCCCCAAGAAGCAUGUGGCGCAGCCCAGCAGCGAGCCCGCUGCCCACCCGGCCAUGGCCGCCGCCGAGCAGGUGGGCGCCGACCCGCUCGCCAACGCCGCCGGUCUCCUGCUCUAG